GAAUGUUCCACUACGGAUUUAAUUUCCGUUACUCCUGACUCUCGGGAUGGUUUUAGCUAGCCGAUGAAUCAAGCUAAUAAUGUAUGCUUGUGUCUCACAAUGUCAAUACACUCACGUUUAUAUCGGUUACAUGUAUAACUUUUUAGGAAUCUGCUGAUAUUGUUGUCUGCCACAAUGGAACGUGAUAUUUUAGAUGUUCUGGAACAAAUCGGGUAUGACGGACCUCUGCAGGAUGAGGAGACGCUUGUCAAAGCAUGUGAAGGUGGACUGUCAUCACCUGAGUAUAUCAACCUUUGCAUGUGGUUUAAAUCCCGUCUGACACCGUUAUGUGACCUGGAAGAGAGCAGUACAUUAGGUUAUGGUGAUACUGAUGGCCUUCGGUUUGAGAUGAGUGGUAUGCUGAAGGAGUUGGAGUGCCCCUAUCAAGGCCUUGUCUCCGGGAUUCUACAGGGAGGGCUGCAGAAUAAAAAAGACCAUCUAAAGCUAGUAUUGUUUUUGAGCUCAGAGGUACAAGCUGCACAGAUUGUGAAGAGCCGACUUGUUGAGGACAAACAACACAAAGACCGAAACGAUCUCCAGGCAAUCUGUGAAACACUGAAGCUCCCACAGCCAAGAGGGCAGGAAGUAGUAGAGCUGUUCUCUGGGAUAGAAAAAAAGAUAAACGCAGUGCUUCAAGAGCUUCCAAAGGAUCACAUUGGAAAGCCAGUGCUGAAGAACAAUCUCGACAAUGAACAGUGGAAAAGGCUGGAGCAGAUCAACACGGUCCUGUCCUCACAGUAUGAGUGUCGGCGGAGACUGCUGAUCAAACGUCUGGACGUCACUGUGCAGUCUUUCGGCUGGUCAGACAGAGCCAAGGAGAGAGUUGACUGUAUGGCCAGGGCCUACCAGCCUAAGAGACACUCCCUGGCCCAGAUGUCGUCUGUGGGCAUGGCUCACCUGCUGGCAGCCAGGGAGGACAUAUGCAACGUGGUGAAGACCAGCAGUGGCUCAAGCAGAAAGAAUACUGCCUGUGCCGUCAAUAAGAUCCUGAUGGGAAGGGUGCCAGAUCGCGGUGGUCGGCCCUCUGAGAUAGAUGCCCCCCUCGCUGAGAUGCCAGCCUGGCAGAAGAGACAAGACGGAGGUUUUGGUGGUCGUGGUGGUGGUGGUGGUGGUGGUGGUCGAGGAGGUGGUGGUAGUUGGGGAGGAGGUGGUAGUUGGGGAGGGGGUAAGGGUGGCUGGCGAGGAGGGGGUGGAGUAGGAGGGGGCGUUGGUUGGGGUCAUGGAGGAAAGAGAGGACGUUAUCAAUACUAACAAUGAUUUAUUUUUGACUGAAAAGCCAAACAGUGUUAACUGAAACCUACUCAUGUGUACCUGCUUCGCUAAGGGCAACACUAAGGCAUUGUUUAUUUGGAGUGAUGUGGACUUGACUGAGAUUUACAGAAUGCUACUGUAGGAACACUCCAAAAUAUUUGUCACCCAUUUUUGUGUUCAUUUUCAAUGCUGUUAUGAACUGUGCUGCUGAGGAUCGUUGUAGAAGCAACGAGUCAAACUCACUGACCAUUUUUUUUAUAGAUUUAUUCUAUUAUUUUGGUAACACUUUACUUGAUACCCAGUGUUAACACGUUAUGACACGGUCAUAACCUGUUAUAAUACUGUCAUGAUGCAUAUAUUUACACCGGUUGUGACAUUGCGCUAUUUUAUUGCUGGUUAUGACACCUACAUAAGUGUCAACCCACAUUUAUUCAAAUUAGAUUUUCCCUGCUAAGAAAUGUCCUUUCAUUUGAAAGUUUCUAUUUAAAUCCUUUGUUUUUGUUUAGUCAUGUAUUUUUUAAAUAAAUGUUUUAACUUGUGGAAAA